CCGCUUCGGCCCGUGAGGACCGAGCGGCUGCAGUGGCAGACGUGCUGGGAACUGCAGGCUGCAACCCUGGGGGACGCCCCAAGGGACAAGGGGAGUCAGGAAAGCCUGACUACCCCCUUUCAGGUAGAAAAAGAAACGGCACUCUUUUUCCCAGGGAGGACACGAAAACCCCUCCCGUCUGAAACCGCCUUCGGUUGGCUUGUACAGACACCAACCGGGCAAAGUUGUUUUUGUCUUGCUGUGUUUUUGAUGUUCAUUGUUCUGUUUUUGUUCGUUACGUGGACCUCAUUUGACGGGAUGGGACAGACUAUGACGACCCCCCUCUCUUUGACCUUAGACCACUGGACUGAAGUGAGAGCGAGAGCGCACGAAUUGUCGGUAGAAAUAAAAAAGGGUUGGCAGACUUUUUGCACCUCUGAGUGGCCCUCCCUCAAUGUGGGUUGGCCCCCUGAGGGGACGUUUAAUCUAACUGUUAUCCUCGCGGUGAGGGCUAUUGUUUUCCAGGAGAGACCGGGGUCCCAUCCUGACCAACGACCAUAUAUUACAGUGUGGCAGGAUCUGGUGCAGAACCCACUCCCGUGGGUUAAGCCAUGGGUAAAAGCAGAAAAACUAAGCCCCCGAGUCCUGGCGCUGCAGGAUGCGGAGACACGGCAAAAAUCGAAAUCAACUCAAACAGCGGAGUCGGAGACCCCUUCGGCCCCCCACCCCGGGGUCUACCCUGAGAUUGAGCCUCCUCCCGAAUGGCCCCCUUUCUCGCCUCCCCCUUACCCCUCCCCCGCUCCAGGAUCGCAAUCAGGACGGAGGGCGACUGGCUCGGGUCCCUCCGCUGGAACCCGAAGCCGCCGUGGAGCCACUCCGGACGGGCCUGAUACCACGGUGGCGCUCCCGCUAAGAGAGUAUAGAGCUCCUGCGGGGCCCAACCAGCUGUCACCCCUCCAGUACUGGCCUUUCUCUUCCUCAGACCUGUAUAACUGGAAAAAUAACCAUCCCCCCUUUUCAGAAAACUCCGCCGGAUUAACCGCCCUGAUAAAGUCCCUAAUGUUUUCCCAUCAGCCCACUUGAGAUGACUGUCAACAGCUCUUACAGGCACUCUUCACCACGGAGGAGAGAGAAAGAAUCACACAGGAAGCAAGAAAGAAUAUCCGAGGCACCAACGGGCAGCCGGCAACGAUAGCGGAAGCGGAAGAAGGGUUUCCGCACAACCGGCCCAAUUGGGACUAUAACACGGCUGAAGGUAGGGAGGCGCUGUCCGUUUAUCGCCGGGCUCUAGUGGCGGGUCUCCGAGGGGCCGCAAGGCGGCCCACCAAUUUGGCUAAGGUAAGAGAGAUCCAGCAGGGGCCCACUGAACCUCCCUCCGUUUUCCUAGAACGAUUGAUGGAGGCUUACCGCAGGUAUAUGCCCUUCGACCCAUCCUCGGAAGGGCAAAAGGCCUCUGUCAUUAUGGCCUUUAUUAGACAGUCUGCCCCAGAUAUAAAAAAGAGAUUACAAAGGCUAGAGGGGCUGCAGGACUACGACUUGCGGGACGUGGUAAAGGAGGCUGAAAAGGUGUAUCAUAAAAGAGAGAGUGAGGAAGAAAAGCGAGAGAGAGAGAGAAGGGAGGCUGAAGAGAGAGAAGAUAAGAGAGAUAGGAGACAAGAGAAGAAACUGACCAAAAUACUGGCCGCAGUG